AAGCUGCUGAAUCGCAGCCCGCUGAAAUCUGUGGCGGUGCUGCCCAAUGGAAGCCCAGUGCGGCAUGCCUGUGUGCCACAGGUGUGGCGAUGUGGCUAGUGGAUGAUCAUCGGUGGCAUUAUGUAAUUAUGUAAUGGAGUCGGGUGGAACUUGGAAACUGCGGGAUGACGUCCUCACACGGGCCACGCCCAUGGGCACAGGAAUGAUAAAAAGCCCACUGCAUGAACAACAACUGUCUUGGCUAGAGCUUAAUUGUUCGCUUCGAGCCUCCCCUUGGAAAAAAUAUUCCUACCCUUAGGUCUUUAUCCGAUAUCGUCUCUUAAGAAGAACCCAUAUCUAUACAUUUCUCCUUGUUAUCACUAUUGACACUGGCCGGCCGCUUAAAACACGGUCUUAACGAAAUACACCCGGUCAUUCAACCCAAGGCCCCGCAACCAUACGGAGUACUACUAAGACAGUAACGAAGACCUAAUCAUUUCAUCCACAAUUCAGUUGCAAAAUCAUGUCAGGCCCGCUCGUGUCUUUAGUCGGGAAAAAAAUACUAGCAGAAUCGGCGCGAAACCAUUUUGGAACAGAGGAUCCUUAUUUCGAGGAAGUUCCAGCCUCACGUCUGCACCGCGCAUUCGGCAAAAAGACUCAAAAGCGGCGCAAGGCAGUACCACCAGGUCUGUCUGAAAAUGAUCAGAAAGUCCUUACCCAAGUGAAACGCAGGGCAUAUAGACUAGACUUGUGUCUGUUCAGCCUGUGUGGCAUCCGAUUUGGCUGGGGCAGUGUGAUUGGCUUGGUCCCAUUUGCCGGUGAUGCUGUUGAUGCUGCACUUGCGAUGAUGGUGGUAAAUACGUGCGACAAGAUCGAUGGGGGGCUCCCGACACGUCUCAGAAUGAUGAUGCUGAUCAAUGUCAUCAUUGAUUUUGCCAUUGGUCUCGUGCCCUUCGUGGGGGAUCUUGCAGACGCGAUGUACAAGUGUAACACAAGAAAUGCUGUUAUGCUGGAGAAACACUUGAGGGAAAAGGGGGCCAAGGCGCUUUCGGAACAACGAAGACGUCAUGAGAAUGAUACAGAUCCAAGUCUGCCCGACGAAUUCGACAAAUAUGACCAAACGAUGGUGGAUGGUCCUCUAAGGAGCGAAAGCCAUAGACAUCACAGCAGGCAUCACAGGAGGCAUCGCAGCAGGCAUCGCAGCAACACCCGCCGAGCAACGAACGAGCCAGCACAUCAUUCCCACAACGACCGAAACCAUACCAAAUGGUUCGGUGGAUCCUCGCAUCGGGAGCAUGACCUCGAAACUGGGGUCGUCGACAACUCUCAGAACCGUAGAUGA